AUGUCACCCGAAAUCCAAAACUCACCAUUAAUAAAGCAACUUGUUGCUAAUGAUAAACCUACCCGUGAUGCAGCGUUAGUAUCCCUACGAAAAUAUCUCGCUGGUCGCCGGGACUUACCAUCAACAGAACUCCUCAAACUGUGGAAGGCUCUGUUCUACUGUCUGUGGAUGGCAGACCGGCCGCUAACUCAACAAUCUCUCGCAAAAUCACUCGCACAACUCGUCAACAUAUUGCCUGCAAAUUCUGUUGUGCCAUUUCUGGAAGCCUUUUGGCAGACAAUGCAGAGAGAGUGGACAAAUAUCGAUGUCUUGCGAAUGGAAAAGUUCCUACUCCUGACUCGGCUCUACCUUGCUGCUUGCUGGGAAGUGCUAAAGCGUAAUGAAUGGGAAGCAGGCUGGAUUGAACGAAUACUAAAAUUGAUAUCUGAUAUACCAUGUAAUGUGGAAGAUUAUAAAAUACCAAAUGGAAUGCGCUAUCAUGUUAUUGAUGUCUACGUCGAUGAGCUUGAACGAGUGGGCGCGUUCGAACCAAACGCGAUUGCACCAUUAGAAAUAAUACUAGAACCCCUGAGGAAUCUAGCCCAGCAUAGCCCUACAAAAUCAGUACGAAUUAAGGCGAAGGAAGCACUUCAAGAUAGUCGUCUACCCGAUAGCAUUCCAGAAGAACCCAUUGCAAGCGAGGGAUGGAACGGUUUCCAAGACUAA